AUGGCUCAGGACAGACCGUCAACUCCUCACUCGACCGACGGCAAUUACAUUGUAGGCGACGCCAGUCAACUCCGACAGGUCAAGCCAGAACCAUACACACCGCCCAUGCCGCCAACAUCCAUGGUGACAAGCAUGCCUUCCCAUUCAGCAUUUGAUCCAUAUGGCGAAACAUCCCUCUACCCUGACCCAACUCCAGUCUACUACACCCCACAGCACGCAAUGAUCACAUCCGAGCCAUCACAAACACCGCCCCAAGGCCGUAGUGGAGGUCGCGUAUUUACUCGGAGUGGCAGAGCCAUUGCAACUCCCUCCAGCCCCAGCAAUACGGCAUCCACUCGCGCAUCGGCAUCUCCGGCCCCACGAGCGCGAAGGAAUUUAAAGAAGAAGCCCACGAAAAAAGGAGGACCCGUCAUUGACAAACCACUGAGUGUCCUGACAAAAGACUUCCAGACACCGAUCAAAGACAUGAAUGCAUGGGUUCAUCGCCCCGUUGAAGAUAGGAUGGCCGAGGUGGAAAAGAGAAAGGGGUACAUCUCAAGACCAAUGAACUCGUUCAUGUUGUACCGAGCAGCUUAUGCUGAUCGGGUGAAGCAAUACUGCAAAGAGAACAAUCAUCAGGUCGUGUCGCAGGUGACAGGUGCAAGCUGGCCCCUAGAGCCCAAAGAGAUCCGGGACAUGUAUGAGAGGUAUGCUCACAUUGAGCGCGACAACCAUCAAGCGGCUCAUCCGAACUACAAGUUCGCACCAAACAAGUCGACCAAGAGAGCCAGACAAGAUGAUGAUGAUGCCAGUGACAGCGAUCCUGACUGGGAAGGUUCAACCAGGAGCUCCAAACGCAGCCGGAGCGCUCGACGAUUUGACAGCAGAAGCGCCUCAUCCACUCCUCUGGAAGACAGACCUGUCCGGUAUCAUCAACCGAUGCCCGCAUUGAAUUUGUCAGGGUACGAGAUCAGUAACCCAUAUGGCCCGCCGCCGUUGAUCAUGGGUCCUGCUGGUAUGGUAGGCGAGUAUUAUCAGCCGUCGACAGCCAUGGCACCAUACCAAGACCAGGUUUCUGACAUCAAAUUCGAGAAGAUGAACAGCCCCUUUCCCUCAUACCAGGCCACAAUGGGUCUUCUGGGGUUGCCGCAUGGCGGUCAUCAUGAGUUGUUGACAUCGUACCCUGCACCACAGCAGGUGGAGUAUCCGGUCCAGCAUAAUGUGCUUGAUCCUCGCCUGGGGCAGCUCGAUCCCAAUUAUCCAAUGGUAUACUAUGGGGAGGACAUGAGACAUCCUCAGGAGAUACCCCGGACAAUCUCUUAUGAGCCGGUGAACCAGCUCGAAAUUGGCUAUCAGCAAGAAGCGUAUCAUCCAGGACUGGCAACACUGACUGAGGAGCACGAUGUCUGGGGAGACGCGGGACAGGCUGGUUCUGACUUCGACUCGGAGUUUCAGAAAUUACGCUGA